ACUGCUACAGCAGCAGCCACCAUGAUUCCCCCAGUUGACUCUCUGCUCAAGUAUGACACCCCGGUGCUAGUGAGCCGGAACACUGAGAAGCGGAGCCCCAAGGCCCGCCCCCUGAAGGUCAGCCCUCAGCAGCCAUUGGCUACAGGGCCAGUCCCACAGCCUCCCAAAACCAAGGCCACCCCUUCUACUUCUGCUACCCCAGACCCCACCAAGCAGGCUGAAGAGAUCCUGAACUCCAUCUUGCCCCCCAGAGAAUGGGUGGAAGAUACUCAGCUAUGGAUCCAGCAGGUGUCCAGCACCCCCAGCACCAGGAUGGAUGUGGUGCAUCUCCAGGAGCAGCUGGACUUGAAGCUGCAGCAGCGCCAGGCUCGCGAGACGGGCAUCUGCCCAGUGCGCAGGGAGCUGUACUCACAGUGCUUUGAUGAGCUGAUCAGAGAAGUGACCAUAAAUUGUGCGGAGCGGGGCUUGCUGCUUCUGCGUGUCCGGGAUGAGAUCCGCAUGACCAUCGCAGCCUAUCAGACCCUGUAUGAAAGCAGUGUGGCCUUUGGCAUGAGGAAGGCACUCCAAGCUGAGCAAGGGAAGUCCGACAUGGAGAGGAAAAUUGCAGAUUUAGAAACAGAGAAGAAAGAUUUGGAGAGGCAAGUGAAUGAGCAGAAGGCUAAGUGUGAGGCCACUGAGAAGCGGGAGAUUGAGAGGAGGCAGGUUGAAGAGAAGAAACACAAUGAAGAGAUUCAGUUCCUGAAGCGAACCAAUCAGCAGCUGAAGGCCCAACUGGAAGGCAUCAUUGCACCAAAGAAGUGAAGAUUUCCAUGUGGGCCCCAGUGAGAACUACCCCUAUAUAAACAGUCCCCUGUAAUAAAAAGCUACAGUUUAGUGAGUGAACCAGCCCACACCCCUGGCCUCCAGAAAAACCAUCAUGCAACAUUUACACCAUUGCCUAAAUGCCCUGAAAACACCCCGAGAUUUGGUAGUAAUGCUCAAGGUUGGAUGAUGGGAAUUCAUGUCUCCCAGGUAUCUUCCAUAUUUGGCUCGCCAGACAACGCCCACUUGGCAUUGCUCAACGUAGAACCCUGAGCAAGGGUUGUCCAGCUCAGGCGUUGAAGUGGUCAUUGUUCCACCUUGACUCCUACAGCCAAGCAAAGUGGCUCCUUCUCCUUUGAACUAUGCUUUUCUGUACUUCUCAUCCCUUCUUCAGUGCUUCUCCCAAUGCCUGCUACCCUUUCUACUCUCCUCCAAAGGGUCACCUGUCUGGGGUCUGUCUUCCCCCACCCAAACGUAGUCCUUAGGACCUGUUUUAUGCUUUGCUUCAAGUUAGCCCAACCCUUCUUAUCAAUCAACCACUCUGGCCUCAGCUGUUUCAAGGCGCCAGUAGUCAGCAAGAUUUUAACAUUCCUGGCUUUGUUUAGGUAUCUGGUAGAAAGAAAUCUGAGUCACGGAUGUCUAUCACAAGGAGGCCACAUACAGACACCAACGUGGCACAGCAACCUAUUUCAGAAAGCUAUCUGUUGUUGGACUUGCUCUUAGACUGCAAAAAGAGGACCUAUCCCCUAAUCAGCCAUGCCCAAUUAAUCAGAGCUGAUCAAAACCUCAGCAAGCAACUUUGAUUUACUACUACUGGUAAACCAAUCAGUGGGAACUGACCAGGAUGGCUACUACUCUUGCUCAGGAGGGUAAACUUUCAAGUCAAAGUAAAAUAAAUCUAAAUCAGGUUUUCUGGUUUUUGGGGUUUUGUUUGUUUUUGCAGCACUACACCUGUUGGAGGUUAUUUUAUUGCCUAGUAAAUGAAAAUUGAAGCUAAGCGGGGAAAAGAACUGACUCAUUUCUAUUUGGGGCCAAAUGGGUUUAGUCAGUGGAGGCGGCUGUUCAAACCACUUUUCCAAGUAGCAUGGCAAAGACUUUAACGUGGCAGGCUCUACAUGCCUUCAUGGAGACUGGCACCUAGGGCAGCUGGAGAAGGAACUUCACUAGUUCGGUGGGCCUCUCUGUCAGCAGGGGAGACCCAGAAUCCUGCUCAUUACUAUUUAGGCGGGGAGAUUUGCUUGAAAAAGCGCCACAUCCUGCAGGAACCAUUUGCUUCCAUUAAGGCAGGUACUACAUGUUCACCCUACUCAGACUCAGAAAAGGCGUUGUGCCUCCCUAGCACUGGACAAUUCACAGACUCUGCUAUGAGAAUGUGCAUGGGCUCUGAGUAACCAUGGCACUUUAUUCACUGAAAGUGAAUUCCAAAUUCUGCCCCUGCCCCCCAGCACCUCGAGCUCCUGAAGGAAGCUGGUGCUGCUGUGUCUCAAGUUUAGGCUACAUAAAAUAUUUCUUGAAAGUAUUCCGUUUCGAAAGACUCUCAUGCCUCGAAUCUAACAAGCAGUUAGACAACCAUUCUUCCUCUGCAUCUGCUAGCUAAGUACCCUGAUAAAGCUACCUCUUGGCAGGACUUCAGAGGGUUAUUUGAAGUAUCCCUGAAAAUCCCUAAGGUUUCUAUCACCUAACAUGACUUUAACUAGUCAAAACAGCAGUAUUUCUUUGUGUGUCUUCUCAAGUACAUAUGACUGAUUUCUCACGUCAGAUCACAACAGCAGCAAUGUAGUCCUGGAAAUGCAAACUGUAUGAAGAAAAUGUACACAACUAAUCGCAUAUUUUUGUAAAUUUUAAUAAACCAAUUAAAAAGUUA